UUUCAUUUUCACUCGUAACUGUCUGUUCUGUUGUGUGUGUUUGUUAUUCUCACCCAAAAGAAAAGAAAAAAAGCACAAUUGAGUUGAGUUUAAUGGCUGCCGCCGGCGAAGUUUUCAGGCAGAAUUUUACUGAGAUGUUCGAGGAGUCACCUUCCGGUGCAGACGAGCUGCACGUUCUUGCUGUUGAUGACAGCCUCGUCGAUCGCAAGUUAAUUGAACGCUUGCUCAAGAUUUCUUCUUGCAAAGUGACGGUUGUAGAGAGUGGAACACGAGCUCUUCAGUAUUUGGGAUUGGACGGAGAGAAGGGUUCUCUAGGGCUUGAUGUAAGAAAAUCUUGCUUUUGGAUUCUUAACUGUGAUUCGAUGAUGAUGUUAGUUGCGUGGAAAUGGUGGUUGCUAACGUUUUUGUUUGAUUGGUUACGGUUGCAGGGUGUGAAGGUUAAUCUGAUAAUGACGGAUUAUUCCAUGCCGGGGAUGACUGGAUAUGAACUACUCAAGAAAAUCAAGGAGUCUUCUGUUUUUAGAGAGAUUCCAGUGGUGGUCAUGUCGUCGGAGAAUAUCUUGACUCGAAUUGAUAAGUGCCUGGAGGAAGGAGCAGAGGAGUUUCUGUUGAAGCCCGUCAAGUUGUCAGAUGUAACACGCCUAAAAGAUUUCAUCAUGAGAGGUGAAAUGAAAGAAAGCGAGAAAGGAUCUCCCAAAAGAAGACGAUCAGAUGAUGAUUGCAGUCCAUCUUUAUCAACUAUGUUCUCACCAAUGUCUCAUCCAUGCGAUCCAUCAUCAGUAAUUUCACCAUUAUCACCAUCCACAUUAUUAUCCUCAAAGAAGUCUAGAUUGUGAUCAGAGAUUGAUCUUGGGCCCUAUAUAUGUCUCCAUUUUUGCUACACCAAUGGUCAUAUCAAAAGCAUGUAGUGUGCUUUGCUAUUGUUCACAAAUCUAUACAGUUAGUACUCGUAUUAGGAAUGAGAACCCCUCCCUUUUUUUUUUUUGGCAGCUGAUUUCUUUGCUGACUUUGCUUCUGAACAGAUCAAUUUUUUUGAAAAAUUAAAAAACAGGGUGUUGUUUUGACCAAUAUUUUUUUAAUUG